GCAAAAUCACUCACAAUGGCUCCCUCAUUCGUGAGCAUCGACACAAACGACUCCGACGUCUUCAUGGCUCCCCCACCAUCAAAGCCAGUCGACGUCCCGCGUACUCUCCUCCUCGCUCCCCCCUCCAUCGCUACACAAGAGGACAAAUUACGAGCCGUUUUCUCCGCCCACCCCCGCAUUUCCACAGACCUCCAAAUGCUCGACCGUCUCUCCGCCGGAAUCGUUUCUCUUCCCUCAAACACAUAUGAUCUCGUUCUCAUUCUUACCGACUCAACUGGCUCUCGGCGCUCCGAGGCCCUCCAACUCCUCACAAGGGAUGUAUACACCGCGCUCGUGCCGGCCAUGAAGCCCGGCGCAAAAUUGCAAACAGAAGAUAAAGCCCUCGACACAUCCGAGGCUAUGGAAGCCGUUCUUUCCGGCUUAGUACAAAACUCCACCGGCUUUGAGAAGCCAGAUUACGAACAAGCAUCUGCUGUGCCGUUGAAGUUUGGAUUAAAGAAGAAGAAGACUGCCACACCUGCCCCGGCUGUCGCACCACCUAUGGGAAUACAAGCGAAUGGAAAUGGGUUCGCCUUGAAUGGCAUGAACGGAACCAAUCACGAUCGGGAUGACGCCGACGAGUUGAUUAAUGAAGACUCUCUUCUUGACGAAGAAGAUUUUACAAGACCUAUUAUGCCUCCUCCAGAAUGCCAGCCCAAGACCGGUCGCAGGCGGAAGGCCUGCAAGGAUUGCACAUGUGGAUUAGCAGAUCGACUCGAGGCAGAGGAUAAGGAGCGUCGCGCAAACGCCGAUAAAAGCCUGAACGUUAUGAAGCUGGCUACAGAUGAUCUUGCCGAGCUAGACUUCACAGUGGAGGGUAAACAGACCGGAUCCUGCGGGAGCUGCGCUCUAGGCGAUGCUUUCCGAUGCGACGGCUGCCCAUACCUGGGUCUUCCUGCGUUCAAGCCUGGCCAGGAGGUCUCGAUUCUCAAUGACGUCGCUCAGCUGUGA